AGUUGCUAUGGGAUACGUGCCGAGUCAACAGCGCGUCGAGCUGUGUUGUGUCUCAUUUCAGAGUCGUUGGAUACAGAGUUGUGUAAGGAAAUAUCGUUUAUGUUUCAAAUUUUGAGAUACUUUAAUCUACACAAAUACUCAGGACAGUAGAGUCCUGAAGCCCAUAUUCAAGAGUGCAAACAUGACAGCAGGUUCAGUGGCAGCACCUCAAAUAAUUCCCAUUCGCAUGCCGCCUCCAGGCAAAGCCAAGCAUGAGAUUGACUCCUGCACCCCUGUCGAGAUCAAAUCCGAAUCCUCAGAUGUGAGUGUCCUGUACACGCUGGACGGCAGUAAGCCGGAGAUGAUGAAGAGGCCGGGUUUUGGUGACCGCACUCUGAAGUACACUGAAGCUAUUCGCUUACCCGUGGGGAAAGUGUCUGUGAGAGCCAUGGCUGUCAGCACGUACAACCGGAGCGCAGAUGGAGAAAGCCUCUUAAAAAACCUGACGAGCACUCAGAUAUCACGGGUCCAGAGAGAGACCGAUUUCCUUAGAUGUCCAAAGUGCCUGAGUCAUCGCCCUUCGGAUCCUUUCGCCCGGUUCUGCCUGCACUGUGGAGCACCAGUGCCUCCAAUACCUGGUCAAAGACUGCCCCCUACUGAAGGAGGACAGAUGGGUCUAUGUGUGCAUUGUAAAACCAUGGUGCCGCUCAAUACAGCCACAUGUGUGGUGUGCGAGUCUCCACUGACUCAACAACUACAGCCGCAGGCUAGUCUGAGACUACAGGAUAAGCUCAUCUGUCACUCUUGUGGGACGGGAAACCCUGCUCAUAUCACACACUGUGUCACUUGUGAAUCCCAGCUGCUUCAGCAAACCACACCGGUUUUGAGUGGACAGAGAGCUGCACCUGUACCCAGCUCAAAAGGCAAAAUGGUCUCCUGCUCCAAGUGCAAUAGAGUCAACCACUCGGAUGCUCGAUUCUGCGACUGGUGUGGGGCAAAGCCUGGCCACAAAGCCAGCUCUGUGACUUGUUCUCAGUGUGGAGCUAGCAGCCAUCCUUAUGCUAAUUACUGUGGUGGCUGUGGUGUCUUCCUGGACGGCCCACCCAGGACGCCCUCACAUGUAAACCAGGGACAGGAUGCACAGGAAGCUGAUCAGUCUUCAGCCACCUGGCAGGCAGUUCCUGCACCUGAAUCAACAACUGUGCCGCCAGCUGCGGGUUUGCGCAUGUGCGCAGCUGCCCAGACGCAGACGGUGGGUCUGUUUUUCCCGUCCAGCUCUGAGCUGAAAAAACGGAGCCAACAGAGGGAGGCGGAGCUUAGCAGACAGGAGCAGAUGAGUGACAGGAAGCCCCUCCUCACUGCCGUUAGUCCAGGCCGAGGAUACUGGAGGAAGCAGCUGGAUCACAUUUGCGCUCAUCUGCGCAGUUACACUCAGAAUAAUACUGAGUUCAGAGCUCUGAUAGGAGAACCUCGGCUGGGCAGAAUGAUAUCUGCUGUUAUUCAGGAGGAUAGCUAUGAAGUCAGUCUGCGCAUCAGCUUCAUCUCUGCCUCACCGGAGGGAUCCAGGUCGUCUUCUGCAGGCCAGCAGAGCAGAUCUGUGGCAUCAGAGAGUCAGAACCUCAGUGCUGUGACAGAAGGCAGAAAUUCAGCCAGUCUGGACAGUAACAUUAAUACAGAAGUAUCGUCAGUGAACAGAAAGAAGCAGAAAAAGAUCUGGAGCUCAGACACGACAGAAAAGCAGCCGGAGUCCAAAGACAGCCUGCUCCUUAAGGAGGUGGGGCCUGAGGGGCGGGGCCAGAUCUCAGCUGUGCAGCAGCUAUUGGAUGAGGGUGCUGACCCAGCAUGUUUGGGAAGUGAUGGGCGUCCCGCUCUGGUCGCUGCCGCGCUAAACGGGCAUCAUGAUGUCAUUCCUGUGCUGGUGCAGAGAGAAGCUGAUGUUAACCAGGCUUCUGGACCGUUGAAUAACACGGCGCUGCAUGAGGCAGCAGCUCUGGGAAACCAAGGUCUGAGGAGCGUUGAGAUACUCCUGGGGUGUAAUGCAAGUAUCAGAAAGCAGAACAAUCGGGGCCAGACGGCGUAUGAUAUUGCCGUGGCCGCCGGGAGCAGUUCUGCGGUCUCUCUGAUGGCAGCUCACAUGGGACAGGAACUGCUACAGCGCCACACCAAGGCCAGGAGCCCAUCUGGACUGGAUACGUUCUCUUGAGACAAUCCACUUCUCAACCAAACCAAAUCUCAUCAGUGUCACUACAUACAAUACUUGAAGGUUUGUUUAGGCCCUCCAUCUCACCAGCAAAGCUGACAUAUUAAAUUGAAAUUAUUGCUUAUUAA